GCCUAACACAAGACAAAGGCAGAAACCCAAAAGCAGUCUCUUCAUAUCCCACCGCAACCACAACCUCCAAAGAAGAUGAAGUCGCCUCCAAAAGACAAACCACAUGCAACCUUACCUGCGCGCCUAAUGGUUGGAGGGGGCGACAACGUACAAGCACAAACACCAACAACUCGAUCGAUCGAGGAAGCCAGAAAAGGAACUCAUCGAGAAGGAGCAACCCAAUGAUUUAUAACUCUAUCUGGGACAAUUAAUUAAAAGGCAAGACGACCAACCAAAGGCAAUUAACAGAAUGAAAGCAAACCAAAGUGAAAAAUCUCCUUGCUUAUUAUGAAACCACACCCAAAUCAAUGACCAAAACAAUAUAUAUAUAUAGCAGAACAAAUAUGGCAAAAAGAAAAUGUAGACAGAAGGCAGGGAGUUUGGGAAGUAGCUAGAGAGAAGAGGAAAGUUCUUUUGCCUUCGAGUUGGUCACUAUUGUUCUACCAUUCUUUUGGGAUGGAUAUCUUUUUAUCUCAUGUUAGUGUGUACAUAUAUAUUCUUCGCAAGCAAAAUACCAAGUAUUAUUUAGUAUAUCUAAAAACAACGGGAAAAUAAAAUACUAAUAGAAAGUUAUUGGGGAAUUGAACACAUCAAUUCUGAAUCGCACUAGGGGAACGAUAUUCUGGGUUGUCAUUUUGAUGCUUACGUCAUAAACUUAAUAAUUAAGAUUAAAAAAAAUAGUUUAUCUUCUAUAUUUGCAUGCUUGGCCUCUGUUCUUAAAAGCGGACGAUGCAUGCAGUGGAGACCACGUACACAGUAAUACCAAGAGAUCUCGUGCAUGCUAUACUAGUAGGACCCUCCCUCGGUUAUCAACACGUGAGUCUCUAUUCUUUUAUUAGUUUCAUCUGAACUCUUGUUUGUUUUAUAUCUGUGUACUUGUGUGAUUGUUAUCGAUUCUUCUUCUUUGUUCGUUAUUCUCAAUUUUCCUUGUAAAGUUGCAAUUGUCUUUUCGCACAAACACAAGUCAAUAUUGGUCAAUUCAGUGGUAUAUAUACCUUAAAAGAAUAAACUCCAAAUCUGAUAUCUAGUCACAGAUUUGAUUUCCCAUUUGGGAAAAUCUUGAUAUUUGGCUAUGGAAAACAAUUAAAGAGAAGAAAAUCAUGAUUUUAUCAAUUGUUGCAAGAGAAAAUUCAUCUUGCUGCUCAAAAAGAAAUUAUUGAUGUAGUAAUAUAAGACAUCUUUUUGAAAUUUUCACCAUUAAGAGUGAACAUUUCAUUUGAUUCAGCUAGCGCACCAACAAUACCAGUGAGAUCUCACUCAAGCUAAACCAGCAAGACCACUCAGUUAUCAACCUGUAUGUGAUAACUUCUCUUCCCCUGUUAUUUCAUUCAUCUUGAUUCGUUGUUGGAUUUUUAUUUUCUUCUUCAAUGUUUGUUAUCAAUUCUCCUUUUUAUUCAUGUGAAGGCAAGUCAGUGUUGGUCAAUUCUAUUCAAUCAUACUAUGAAACAGUAAAAUCUAGAUAUUGUAUCUAGUUGGAGAUAUGAUUUCUCUUUUGAGAAAAUAUUGGUCUUUGGCAUGAAAAAUAAUUCAAAGAGAAGACAUUUAUAAAAAAUAAUUCAUUGUGAAAGAGAAAAUUUAUCUUGCUUCCCAAGAUGAAAUGAUCGAUUUAUUAAUACACUGAAAAAUGUUUGAAUUGGCUUGCUCUAACUCUAAUUUUCGGUGCCCAUCAGCCGUUAACUUCUUCAAUUUUAUGUUCUGUAAAAUUUAACUUUUUGUAUGGUAAAUUGCAAGUCCCUGAUUUGAAUGCCCAUCAUCUACGACAUCAUGCCACAGACAAUUUGUGACAUGAUAUCAAUGAUGUAAUUCCAUCAUGCAAUUUUCAUAUUUAAUGCCGACCGAUGUAUUAUUGGAGGAUUCUCUCAAAUCAUUUGCCAAAAAAAAAAACAAUAAUUUUAUGGGAUUCCUUUUCUUUCUUUCUUCUUGUUUUUGUUUGUAAUUACAUGAGUUCCUUUUAGAACUGCAAAUCCUCUCUUUAUUUUUUUUGGGUUUUACGAUUCUGGUUGGGUUAUGUGUGAUGGUCUUUCUUGUGAAUAUGUUUACCUUCACAACCUUUUUUUUUUUUGGUGAAUUACCUUCACAACCUUCUUUAAGUGAAUAACAAUUCAUAAAAAAAAAGAAUAACAAUUUAUGACUUUGAGUAACUAUUUUGGUUGUGUGAAUAAACAUUUCCACACACGUACGGUUCUUCGCUCAUAAAAAAUUGGUAUUCACUUUUAGGACCGAGUAAACACUUAUUUACUUUCAAAGAAACGAGUUUGCGAUCAGGUGUUUGUUUGUUUUCACGAAACUUUGUCGUUUAUUCACUAUAAUAGUAUAGUUUGUCUCUGACAGUUAGACGCGACAUCCCAUAAAAGAUCGCGACAAAGAAUCCAUCUUGUCGUGAAAUAAAACCCUGCGAUAUACGGGAAUUUUUUUUACAUAAUCUUGUAUAUGUGUCUAGGACAAACAUAUGAUGGCUCCGUAGUAUAUGUCUACACGGAUAUUGAAAUGUAACAUCUUUGAAUGUGGAUUGUGCUAUAUGUGAUGAGAUAGAUUGCUUCAUUCAUUCAUAGUUUCUUCGAUUGUGUUAUGUAACAUUUGAUCCCUAGCUCAGUUCGAUCCAUUUUUUUUUUCUUCUUUUUUGAAACCCUUGUUUGAGGGCUAGCUGCUGAUAUGGAAGGAUAGGAUCCCACAACGGUAAAUUUUGACAAAUUGAACUCAACAGAAUGGAAAUAGCUCCAAAAAACUGAUCGGCAUUACCGAGACAGAAACCCUAGCUAACUCACGUUCAAAAUGCUACCCUUUUGAUCAUCAUUACCUUUCCUUUGGCAUUAUGUAGUAAAAUCCAGUAGUGGUGUCAGUCAUCCAGUUUUCAAUUUUUGUCCUUUUCCCCCACACUACCUUCCAUGCAUGCCUUUGCGUUAGAAACCCCCCCUGCUCAUCAGUGAAUCCAAGGAAGGAUUUGGAUUAGAACAAACUGGGUGUGUUUGUUUCACCUUUUUUUUCUUCUUCUUUUUCUUCUCUAUACCAAAUUACCAUGGACACUAAUGGUUUAGGGAUUAUUAGUGUAGUUUUGUGAGAAUCAUAUUGAAAAAAAGAAGGCAGGAUUGUUAUUAGUUUGGUCUUUCAUCUUUGAUCAAUGAUCAUGACUUAUAUCUUCAUCUGGUCAGUAGCGUACGUAUUAAUAGCACGAGUUUUGUUUAACGCAAAAUUUGGAAACUAUGAUUUGCCCGUUGCAGAUCGAUACUUUGUAUAUCUGAAAAAGAAAGAUCUAAUGUAUUUUUAGAUAAUAUUUAUUAUGGCUGCAGGUAAAAUUGGAACCAAAAAUUUUCAUGUCACAUGGAACUUGGUUCUAAUAAUUUGAUGGUUCAUAGCUUUUGAUUUCACCUUUUAUUGCUCUUCCUUUAUGUUUUACACGUCUUGGACACCCUUGUGCACAUAUUAAUUACCCUAUCAACAUUUUAAUCAAAACAAAUGUACUUAGUAUUAAGUAUAAUCAAAUUAAACAUGCUCUAGAUAAUCUCAUUUUUUUUCUCCCACCACUUGUCUAUAAAGAGAAGGCCGAUCAACCCUGAUUUAACUCACUGCUUGUAAUCCUCACUUGGAUACAAUCUUUCUUGAUUAAGACCAUAACUCUCUUGCCAUUGUCUUUCUUUUCCCCCUCUCCUUCCUACUUCCCUUUCUUCAGCCAGCUUUUGAAGUUUCCAAUGGCUUCCCAACAUCAAAACAAUGAUGGAGAUGGAAAGGGAAAAGGAAUUGCUUCUGCUUCUUCAUCAUCAUCAUCAGGAGAUUCCACAUCGAGGAGCUUGGAUCUGAACCUGUCGUUGGGCUUCCCCAACCACGCCCAUGCUCCACAGAGUUCUCCAAACACUCAUCCACAGGGCAGGAGGAUGAGUCAGCAAUACUAUGGAGGCGGCGGCAGCCAACAAAGCCCCAGUCAUCCAGCUCCCUCGGCUUUUGGGUUCUUCGAUCAACAGCCAAACUACACCAACAACAACCCUAGCUAUCAUUACCACACCAGUACUGGAGGCUACAUCUACUCCCCCGCCGUCAACGGCAGCAGCAACGUGAUCGACAACAACGCAGGGAUGGGUAAUUGGCUGACGCCGGCGGCGAGGGCAGCGCCUAACCGCCGCCACAGCAUGCACCACCUUCCUUCUCCUCCUGCGGCGGUGGCCGAUAACUUCAACAUGUUGAUGCAGCAGCAGCAGCAGGGUGCAGGUGGGCCGGUUAAUCCAGUUGGCAGCCACGUGUUUGCUGCAGAAAGGGCCCCACAGAUGUACCAGUACAACCCUAACGGAUACAUUGGUAAUAAUAGCGACAACUACGGUGCUGCUCCAGUGCUACAGCUGGCACCACCCUCGGCGGGCGUGAAUGUGAUGAGCGGCUAUCAUCAGUACCAGCCGCCGCAAGUGGCGGUGGCGGCGGGAGAAGGCGGCAGCAACGGCGGCGCUGCUGGUGGUGGUGCAACGCCUCGCCGGCGUAGGGAGGGGAACCAUUUCCCGCCGGGCAAGAAGUGCCUGGUUUGUCGUGGCUGCGACACUCCCAUGUGGCGCCGCGGCCCACAUGGCCCCAAGACACUGUGCAACGCUUGUGGAAUCAAGUACAGGAAGGAGGAGGAGAGAACGAGGGCAAGGCAGGCUGGAAACGGCGCCGGUGCUGGUGGUCGUCCCAAUAAUGGCGGCAACUGAUCAUUAACAAUCAGCAAUGGAUGUGAUUCAAAUGGGUUACUGGGCGAGAUGGUUGAGAGCUAGAUCUCUGUAAUUUUCUUGCGUCAUGUAUGUUUUAAAUUUCGUUGUUCUUUAAUCUGAAGUGAGCUCAUAGGUUUAAUAUGUUGGUGAUCAGACAAUCAGUUUGUGUUUACUGUGGUUUGUGUUGGACUGAUGGAGUCAUGAUCAAUCCUGUUAGGGGGUUGGGAUCCUUUUAUAUGGUUCUGGAAGUAACUUUUGGGUUUUCUUAUAAUUAAUGAGCGCGUGUUGAUGAUGAUUUUGUGCCCUAACCCUCCAUUAGGAAUGGAAAUGGGUCUACUACUCUACUCUUUGGAUAAUUUUACCUCUAUUCUAUUGUAUUUUUAACGGGGUUCUAAAAAGCACGCAUAGGCAUUCGCCUAAUCUGGCCUAGGCGUAAGUCAGAAGGAAAACGUCUCGUCUUGGCAAAAAGCAGUGGAGAAGGCGUCACAAUCACGUUCUGGCCUUGGUAGUGCCUAGUUAGUAUUGAGUUGUGCCUCAAAAUGAUGUCACAAUAUUUUAUUCUACCUUUUGAUAUGCUACUAGGGAGGACGUACGGUCUUGAUUUCUCUAUAGUUAGUCUAGGAUAUAGUUAGAGACGACCAUCUUUAGAGUAGCUUCUUCUUUCUUUUUUGCGCUUCUUCGUCUCAAUAUGCUUUGCUAUUUUUCAGCUUCUUCUCCUUACUCAUUUCUCUACACUAUGUUUUAUGUUUUAUCAUGUGUUGGUGAUGAAAGUUUAGAAAUGAGAGGUAGAUGCGAUGAUAUUUGGUAUAUAAACUCGUGAUUCUAGGCGAGCGGGAGAUAUUAUGCUACGUUUAAAUACAACGCUUAGGCACGCCUAGGCGACGCCUAAGCAUGCUAAGCACAAUGCUGAGUCUCAACGCUCGCCUUACACCUAGCACUUUCUUGAACCUUGAUUUUUAAUGGUUUUAGGUUGGGUUUAAAUUGGACCCAAUUUGGAGUAACUCAUAUGGGGUCCAACUCAAAUGAGUUUAUCCAGAUUCGAACGAUUGUACACACAGAAAGACAAUAUCAAUCAUAUCAUUAAUUGUCUUUGUUUGAGCCCGGGCGACUGGGAGUCACUCGGAUCCAAGGGGUUUGGAGCGUCAGCCAUGACUUUGAGGGGGUAGGCGCCCCACCUCAGUAGAAGUGAGAAAAGAGAAGAAGUAUAUAGAGAGAGAAAGUAGAGAGAAGUAAUAGUAAGAGUAGAUAGAUUGCCAUUUAUGAGGAGAGAACUCCUAUUUAUACACAUUUGAGGGUUAGGUAGUGGUCUGGGCGCCUGCCAAGCCAUAAAUGCUGUGGUCGGGCGCCUCAGACCUUCUGACACUGUACAUGGUACUUUUUGACAAAGGGUGUCCCCCUGCCCCUUGUCCUUGCUGAUGUAGGUGCCUGGCCUUGUCUUUUGUCUCUUUGCCUUGUCCUUUUGCUCUUUUGUCUUCUUUCCUUCUUUAUACCAUUAGCUAGAGUUUUGCCUCCUUAGUUACUAGGAUACUCUAUCAAUUGCCCCUUUGACGUCGGUAUGAGUAUCAUGGCGGCGUCAACAUAAAAUGAGUUUCACUAACCUUGCUUUCUCGUCUUCACAAUCAAGUGCCAGCUCUCUUUCUUUAGUUAAUCGGCACCAGGCUCUUCCUUUCAAGUGGGUGCUUCAGUCCCUUAUUGAUCUUCUGAUCUGUUGAGCGCUUGUGCACCCGUGUGGGUGUGCUUGCUUCCAAAUAAGGUGUAGUAAAAUGA